AUGUCAUACUAAUUUUUAGGCGAAGCUAUUCAAGAAUAUGAUGGAGUAAAUGCUUUCGGUUAUUAUCUUUUGAUUUUUAAAAUUGCUGCUGGAGAUUUUUCAACCGAUAACUAUUAAGAUUAAUCACAGUACUUGGUGGUUUUAACUUGGCUAGUCUGGGUUAUAGCGGUAAUAUCUCUAAACAUCGUAUUCAUGAAUUUUAUCAUUGCUGUGAUUUCAGAAUCUUACGAAAAGGUGAUGCAAAAAAUAGUUGCGGAAUCUUACAAAGUUAAAGCUCAUAUGAUCAGAGAAAGGGAACAGUUCUUCGGUAAAGCCUAACUCUCGAAUGAAAAACUUUUUCCUUAAUACCUCGUUUUAAGGAGAUAGGUCAAUUAUCAAAUAAUUAAGUUAAUAGUGAUGUCCGAUAUCGACCAGCUUGAAACUGUAGAGAGUCAUAGAACGUAUGAGUGCUGGUAACUGGAUGUAUAGACAUGGUCACGAUCUAGAUAAUCAGAAGCAGGCAUGACCAGCAUCAGAGAAUGGCAGGGAUUUACUAAGGAUAUCAAGAAUACAGUAAGAUCUACAGUUGCUCGCACGAAAAAUGAAUUGAUAUAAAAUUUCACUAUCUAGAACAUUGCACUUUAAAAAUCUAAUGAGAAAGCAAACGAACAGUAUGAGGAAACAAAGAAAAAUUAUGAGGAGAUCAAGACUAAUGUAGAACAAGCAAAAUAAGGUAUCGAUGAAUUGAAAACAAAAUUAGAAAGUUUGGAAUAAUUUGUGAGAGAGAGUUUAGAUAAGUUGAUUUUGAAAUCAAACAGGUAAAAGCGACGAAAAUAGGAGUGA